AUGCCGUCGUCUACACUGGAAGACUUGGUGAAGGCGCCAGAACACCAAAUUAGGGCCAUCCUUCGUGAGCUCUGCCAUGACCAGGAUAUUCGCGUUCGCGCGCUGGGACAUUUUGACGACUUACUAGCUAUUGACACACCUUCCAACACGAAAAAGCGGAAGGCUGACGAUGAGCUUUGUAUAUGUGUUCAUUGCGACAAUACCUUUUUCAAGAACGAUAACACUCUCAGAACGGCCUGCUAUUACCACUCGGGAGAGCUUGAGGCUGACUACGAUGCUCAUGUUUGGGACGACCACGAUGAAAGCUGCCAUGGGACGAUAGAUUCAAAAGAAAUGCGCAAAGAACACCCCGAGGGGUUUACUUGGACCUGUUGCGACAAGGGAGGGUCAGAAGCAGGAUGUAAAGUUGGAAAGCAUGAAGCAGAUCCUCUGAAGUCGAGACGAGAGACGGGCUCUUAA